AUGUAAAAUAAUAUACUUGAUCCAGCAAUAAUAAAUAACUUUCAGUUUUAAUUGAAAAAAAUAGUGUAAAAUGAUGGUAGGUAGUAUAAAAACUGUUCAUACACUUAUUUAGCUUAUGGUAAAUGCCCAUAAUAUAUUUAUGAUGCAUUUGAUAAAGGAAUUUAUUCAAUCUAAGUGGAGCUAUUUUUUCAUAGAACUAAUUUUACUUACAAUAGUUUUCAGCCUUAGGGAUAGUUUAGAUUAAGAUCUAAUUGGAACUUUUACUUUUUUGCUAAAUCUGCGAUUUAUUCAAGAAGAAAUGACCUCAUAAACAUAUCUCUAGUUUAUAAUACUUUUAAUGACUCUCUAUUAACUUCAGCUCCUGGACAGUUAACUAAUUUAUCUUCCAUUAAUUACUUGGAUUGCAUGGGCAAGUAAUAUAAGGAACCAUAUGAUCCAAGAUGCCGUGGAUGGUAUUAAAAUGCAAUGUAAUAUCCAGGAAACCAAUUUUAUAAGCCUUACUAAGAUUUAUUCACAAAAACAACUGUAAUGACAGGUUCAGCGCGUAUUGAUGAUCCAUAAGGAAAUAAUUUAAGUGUUAUUUCAGUUGACUUUCUAAUUGGCAACCUUAUCAACUAGUUGUUUGUUGAGUAAGAUUAAAGCUCACUCAAUAGCAUCUUAGAUACUCAUUCUGUUUUAUUUCAUGAAGAUCAAAAUACAGUUUAUUAUCACAAAAAUUGGAAUGCUAAUGAAAGGACAAUAGUUCCAUGGUAAGAUUUAGAAUUCAAUAAGACAUAUGGUCCAUAUACAAAUGAUGAAUACUAUAAUUUUGUAAGAUAGGUUUAAUCUUCGAAGGAUUAUUCUAUUUAAGGUUAGUAUUAGAUAGAUCAUCUUCAGAAUAUUACUUAAUUUUAUCAGUUUUGGACUAAAAAUAAGAAACCUUACAUUAGUUUGACUUAUCCAAUAGAAAUUACAAGUCCUUAAAAUGUUUGGAAUAAAACUAUGAUAAAAAAGUAAGUGUUAAUGGUAGGUAAAGUAAGAGAAGAUUCAUCAGGGAUAUUUAAAGUUCUUAACUUAACUCAUGAUUCUAAUUAUGCUCUAAUACUUAGUGUUUAAGUUGGCUUAAUAGUUUUCAUUAUAAUAAUUUUAGUAUUACAUUAUGCAGCAAUACUUAAAUAUCAAGUUUUGGUACCCAUAGAAUAGCUUAAGAUUUUUAUUAUAUAAAAUACUGAUUAGUUUAAAUACUAAAAUGCAUAAUAGGUUAAAAAAUAUUAAUAAAACGAAACAGAAUAGAUAUUUUAGAAAAUAAAUAAAAAAGAAUAUAGUCAAAAUGAGAAAAUCGAUAACUCAACAACAAAGUUUGAUAAAUCAACUCAUAACGUUAACAAUUAGAGUUUGGAUUUUAAAAUUAUGCAAAAUAGUAAUUAUUUAUUAAUUCGAGAUGAUAUAAAAUAUGAUUUAACACCUUCAGCAAGUUUAAAUGCUUCAUAGACUUCUAAAAUUAAUAACAAUAUUUAAAAACAUUACUCUGCAUUUAAUAAACGAUAUAGUGUACAAAGCAAAUUUCAAGUAAAGUAUUUGGAUGAAUUAAGUUUUAAUCAGAAUAAAACAGAAAAUGGAAAUACAAUUAAAAAAGAUGAAAAUAAUUUUUAAGAUUUUUUAAAAUAAACUAUAAAAUCUGAAAAUAAAGACUAAUUACAAUAAAAGAAACUAAUUGAUAACAGCACAAAUUUUUCAAGAUCAAGAAUUUCGACUUUUGGUAAAAGUUCUGUUUUAGUUUAAAACUUUAAUAUAUAAUCAGAUCUUGAACCUAAAUUUUUGGAAAUGCAAAUUAUUAAAGAAGCUUUUUACUAACUUUAAUCAGUUAUAUCUUUCAAGCGAAGUGAUUUAUAAUAAUAUUCGCAAAUGACAAAUAUUGAUGAAAGUAUAGAUGAAGGAAGAUGUAUUUUACAUUAUGCAUUUGCUUAUAAAAUAUUUAGAUAGUUAAAAAAUAAUUUUGGAGUAGCUUUAAGCUCUCUUAAUUUAGGAUAUUUUUGCUAUAAAAAAAGUGAUUUUACACAGGCAAUUUCUUACUAUGAAUCAGCUAUGAUUCACUGUAUAAUAUAGUUGGGUUUUUCAAAUAUUUAAGCUUUUAUAGAUUAAUGGAAAAAAGGACUUAUUUAGCUAAACACCAAAUAAGCGUAAAAUUAAAUGAUAUCUAUUAUUUGUGUCAGUUUAAUGUUGUAAUCUGUAUCUAUAAAAGAAGUAAUUCUAGAUAGAAAAGACCUUUAAAAAAAUAAAGAAAUAGUAUCAAACUUUUUAAAAAGUAAAGUAAUGAAAAAAAGUUGGCUUGAUUUAGCAAAGUUUUAUGUUGAAAUAGGUUCUGAAUUAGUAAGUUAAUUAAAAAAACUUAACUAAGAAAUAUUUACAGAUCAAAUUAUGAUGAUAAUUUAGACUAAUUAUGUUGAGAUCUUAAUAGAAGAAGAAUCUCUUGAAGAAGCUGAAAAAUUGCUUUAAAACUUAUAGAAGAAAAUGCAUCAUCAUUAAAUAGGAAAAAGAAAAAAAAAUUAAGAUUUGUAUUUAAACUAAUUUUUAGGAGCAAUCUCAAAAUCACCUUCUAACUAAUAUAACUAAUAGGAAAUCUAAAAUUUUUCAUUCAAUUAAGAAGCAAAUAAUUAAGAAGAUUUAGAAAAUGAUUUUGAAAAAAUAAAUUCAAUUUUAGAAGGAAAAUUAGAAUUUCUGAUAGGGUAUGUAUAGUAAAAGAAAAAAAACUACAAAAACGCCUGCCUACAUUACUUAAAAUGUCUAGAAGAAUAUUAUUACUUAGAGGUUACAAUAUAGAAAAAGGUUAUAGAAAAUGCUUGUCUGAUAUUCUAAAAAAACAGUUUGUCUAUCAAGAAUUUGAAGAAAGAAAUAAUUAUAAUGAAUUAAAAAUAAAUAAAAAAAGUUUAUGACAUUGCUAUUAUAGUUGAGGGAAAAGUGGGUGCAUCUUUAGAAUUCAAAAAUAAUAUUUCCCCUUUUCUUUUAGAAAUGUAUUCAAAAUUUAUCAGAAACAAGGACAGAAUAACUUUUAUUGCCUACUAAAAUAAAAAUAAAAGUGUUAUAUAACCCCUUCUGCCUAUUAACAAGUUUAAACAAUGGAAAUUUUGUAUUGAAGAAAUACCAAAAUUCUCAAAAUAAUUAACAUAAGAUGACUACAUAAAUUUUGAUUUAUAAUAAAGCAACAUAUCCAUGUUGCCACUAGAUUCAGCCAAAACACCAUUAAAAAAAGUUAAUUCAUAAAUUGGCUAAUAAACAUUCCUAUAAAAAGAAUAAAAAUCAAACAAAAAUAAUCGAAGAAUCUUGUACAUAAUUUUUACAAACUCUUAAAAUAGUAAAGUAAACCCUUAACAUUUAUGUAGAGAUUUAACUAGAAAUCAAAUUAAAUUAAAUUCUAAAUAUAUCUAUGUUUAGCUAAUUAAAGAUCAAAUUUUAAAAGAAAAUUAAUAAAUUUUUAAGGACAUCUAAUAAGAUUAGCCCUUUUUGCAUUUAACAGAUGUUUAAUAACUUCAAUAUUUCAUUGAUUUUCAUAAAAGAUCUGAAAAUAGCUAAUUUUAUCUCACUAAUCUUUUAUUUUCUGAAUCUAAUCUAUGA